AUGAAAAAUUUAGGAGGAGCCAUCUGGGAGGAAGUCCUCUACAAUGAAAUGCGCGAGGCGGAGAGGAAGUGCCUGCAGGAUAUGAUGUUAAAUGACAUAUGGGGGGAUGGAGAAUCAAGCCAAGAUGAAGCUCGCAACAGGGGAGAAGUCAACCCAAAUGAUUUCAUAUUUACGAAUGUACACAGCAAUAUUUUCGAGCAUUAUUCGGACCAUGAGACGUAUAACGAGGUGAUAGAUUUGCUGAGGAGGACAGAUGUGGUAGACAAUGUGGGGAGCAAACUUGAGGGGAACCCCAAUUUCGUCAGCGGUGUGCAGGCGGUGGAUAUAAAGAACUUCAUGAACUUUGACCCUGUGUUUGUUAAGGUGUACCACGAGAGGGGGGCAGCGCAGGGGGGAGACACCACAGGGGAGGCGGCUACAAGAGAGGCUACCAUGCGAGAGGCCACCACGCGGGAAGCCACAGUAGAGGAAGAGGGCGACAGAGAGAACUACCCCGGGGAGGGAGUGGAGCCGAGGAAGGCCGGGAAGGAGAAGAACGAUCGGGCCAGCGCCGACUUCAGCGACGAUGAUAUUUACACCCCCAAGGCGCUGAAGAGGAAAAGGGAGAAGGGGGAGAAGACGGAGAAGGGAGAGAAGCCGGAGAAGGCGAAGCAGAAUACCCCAAACCAGCGCGGCCUCCGAAAGGACUCCCCGGGGGAGGCCAGCGAGGAAAGCUCCACCGUGUCGGUGCGGAAAAUCAAGCACAAGCGGAAAGGCCACAUGUCCGACGGCAACAGUGGCGACAGCUCCCCCCCAUCGGCGAGGAGGAGCACACAGAAGGGGAAGAAGAAAAGCGGCAUGACCCCCACGGACAGGGUGAACCAAACGGAGGAGUCCUACUCCCCCAUCAAAACUAAGCAUAAGGAGGCCUUCUCCAAUGCAUUCGACAUACUUAUCAAACGAAAAAACGAAAAGAAUGAAGAAGCCAUCAAAGCAUUUAAUGAUAUUAAUUUAAAGAAAAGACGAAAUAGGAACGCCGCCAAAAGUGCAGAAAGUUAUAGCAAUGAGGAGUCCUACACAAACGAGUACCGACUGGGAAGUCGAGUGGACCGGGCAAAUGACAAAAGGGAGGAAAGGAGGAAGAGUCAUAAGAAAAAUACGGAUGACUCGAAGGAUGGGUAUGAGGACAUCCCAGAGAAGUACCAACAUCUGAUCGACCAAGGAUUAGAGGUUAACAUUUUGCGCUAUGCCUUAAGCAUGAAAAUGAGUUCAAAUGAACAUGUGAAAGAAACAGAUAUUAUUGGGCUGUAUAAUAUUAAGAAAAUUAUAAAAGACAAAAUUGUGAAUGUUAUUUUGAGGCCAGACUUAUUUACAGGGCUAAAUAGAGCUGCGAAAGGGAUACUCCUUUUCGGCCCCCCAGGCACAGGCAAAACGAUGAUUGCCAAGUGGGUGGCCUCACACUGUAGAUGCUCCUUCUACAACGUAAGUACCUCUUCCCUCUUCAGCAAAUACAUUGGAGAGACGGAAAAAAUUGUUACUUGCCUGUUCAAAUGUGCAGAGGUGGAUAACCCCUCUAUUCUCUUUUUCGACGAAAUAGACUCCAUCCUGGGGAUGCGUAAAAAGGAUGAAGACGAUACCACCAUACGGAUUAAAAACCAGUUGCUACAAAUGAUUGAUGGUAUUAAUACCAAGAAGGACGUCGUGAUUGUGAUUAUCGGGGCGACCAACCGACCCGACAUGAUCGACGAUGCUGCGCUUAGGAGAUUCAACAAGAGAGUGUAUAUCCCCCUGCCAGAUUUACAAGCGAGGAAGGAGCAAAUACGCUACAUCAUAACGAAGCACACGCACUCUGGCUUCCAAAUGACUGAAAAUGAGCUAGACUCAAUUUCGCAUAAAUUGCACAACUGGAAUGGGAGUGACAUCUACCACCUCUGCACCAAGUGCUACGAGUUUGUCUACGACGAUGCUGUGGAGCAGUACAAUGGGAUUGAGAAUAUUCCCAACACCUCCAUUUUUAGGGCCAUCCGCUACGACGACUUCAUCAAGGCCAUGGCCCAGGUGAAUACCUCCUACAAGUGCGUCUUCGACUACGACGAGUGGAGUCGCAAGCACGGCUCCCUCUGA